CUCCGACACACUGCGGUGCGACGUCGCGGUGCGUUCACGGUCCGGCUGCGCGUCAUUGACAGUUCGUGUUUACUUCACGGUCCGGUUCUUCACGGGAGGCGGAUUACGAGGCGGGUGGGGAGUCCUGGCGCAGCCGGCGAACACUGCGGCCGUGUUUCCGACGGCUAACUGCAGCUAGACGGAGGCCGGACCUCCUCUGACCGCCGAGCGGCAGCCGGAGCCCCGCGGUGAACCGGACACCGGUUCUGGGCCGGCGGUGAGUCUGUGAGCGGCAGGACCGCAGUGAACCGUAGUCGAUCGGAAAAACUCUGAUUUUUAAACCGACAGCCAUUGUAUGUAUAUUAUUACACCGUAAUAACAUGUAAAUCGAGCGGUAUCGGUUGAAGGAGACGGUGGAGUAAAAUUCGGCUCCGGUUAAAUAAACACCGAUCGAUGGAGACAUGAACACCGGCCCCGGAGGAUCUCCACACCCGAGACGAGCUGUCCCAGAGCCCCAGAGAGAAAUACCCCGCAUUCUAGAGACCACUGCGGCCCCCUCAGGGUUCCUCUGAGCCCGGUACCGGACCUCCUGAACCAUGGGGACCCAGGGACCGGGCAGGAAGAGGAUCCCGAACCGGGAGAAGCUGACGGCCGAGGACGAUGCCCUCAACCAGAUCGCACGAGAGGCGGAGGCACGGCUGGCGGUGAAGCGAGCGGCGCGAGCCGAAGCUCGGGAUAUUCGGAUGAAGGAGCUGGAGAGGCAGCAGAAAGAGAUGUUUCACAGCCACAAGAGGUAUUAUGGUCUGGAGUUCGGUCACAUUGAGCAGUGGAUGGAGGACAGCGAGCGUUACUGCCGCUUCUCCCGGAGGCACGCCUCGGUGUCGGACGAUGAGGAGCGGAUGUCCGUGGGGAGUCGCGGCAGCCUCAGGGUGGAGGAGCGGACUGACAGGGAUUUCCUGGAAAAAGGCUCCCGGACGGCGUCCACGCUGUCGGCCGCCACGCUCGCCUCUCUGGGCGGAGCUUCGUCUCGCAGAGGGAGCUGUGACACGUCGUUCUCCGUGGAAACCGAGGCGUCGAUCCGAGAGAUCAAGGACUCGCUGGCGGACGCGGAGGAGAAAUAUCGCAAGGCGAUGGUUUCCAACGCCCAGCUGCACAACGACAAGUGCACUCUGAUGUACCAGGUGGAGGCGCUGAAGGAGGAGCUGGGCGACAUGGAGGAGGCGCUGUGGGAGGCCAGGAGGCGAGGGGACGACACCAACAAGGAGCUGGAGCGGGAGCGUCAGGCCCACAGCGUGCUGCAGUUUCACUUCAAAGAGAUCAAAGAAUCCCUGACUCAGACGGAGGAGCUGCUCACGAAGCACGGAGUGGUCGUCUCUCCGGACGUCACCACAAAUGGGGAGACGGAUGACCACGAGGUCGGCUCCGAACUGGCUGAGGAGUCCUCCCCUGGAGCCAGAGAGAGCAUGCUGGAGCUGCGUGUGAAGAAGCUCCUCGAGGAGCGCCACAGUUUACAGGAUCAGGUGAGACUGCUGAGGACUCAGCUGGAGGAGCGUCCAGCGGAGGUGACCGACGGCAUGGAGGAUCCCGAGGGCGCCGCCCAGGAGAACGGGAUGGACGUCCAGCUGCUGGAGCUGCAGAGAGACGCUAAUCGGCAGAUCAGCGAGCUGAAAUUCAAACUAGUAAAGUCUGAACAGGAAGUCGCUGCGCUGGAACAGAACGUGAUUCGCCUGGACGGUCAGGUGACCCGGUACAAGACGGCGUCCGAGAACGCCGAGAAGAUCGAGGACGAGCUGAAGGUUGAGAAGAGGAAACUGCAACGAGAGCUGCGCGCUGCUCUGGAUCGGGUGGAUGAGCUGGAGGUGACCAACGGCCACCUGUCCAAACGCCUGGAGAAGAUGAAGGCCAACAGGACCGCCCUGCUCGCCCAGCAGUGACCCGCAGAGCGUCACCGGCCCCGGUGGGUGGAGUCGUCUUCAGCCGCCAAGCUCAAAGUUCAAGUUGUUCUUCAUCCGGUCCCAGAGGUGGUUAUCUCCACUCAGAAACACACCAUCAAAGCAGACAGGUCCUAAAUAAAGUUUGGCUGAUUUUUUUUCAGUUAUUGUAGAGCAUGAGGGAAAAAAAGCCUCAAUAUUAACUGAAGAAAUGUGUUUUUGGACGUGAAGAUGAGAAUCACUUCCUGUACAGUAAACCCGCCCACCCAGCUGCUGGGAAACAUAAAACAAACGCUACAUCUGCCUCAUCAGCGUCCAUCUCUGUAAAGUCUGCCACUACCUCCUCUACAACACUGGGGGGCGCUGCUCCUCCAUGAAGUACUGCAGAGACCAGAUCACACUGGAUUGUACCUGAUCGGACUGGAUCACAUUUUAUUUAUAUUUCUAUCUUUCUGUUGUUCUUGGUGGUUUUCAUCUUUUUGUUUCUUUGUUCUAAAAUCUUUGUACGAACUUUUUCUCAUUUUUACUUCUAUUGUGUUUUGGGGGGGGGUGUUUUUUUUUUUUUUUUUGUGAAGCUGAUGCACUUUUACGACAGAAAAACACAUACUGAUGUGUGGGACUAACCCCCGCCCACUCCGUGGUUACCUGUUCAGGUGAGGGGGAGUGGGCGUGGCCUCAGGGUGUGGGUGUAUAUAUGAAGGCGCGGAGGAGAAUCAGGAGCUUCAGAUAAUCGUCACAUUCAGACUUUUUGCACUUUGGAUGUAAAAUCACCAGCUUUGUAAAUGUAAAGAAUCUUCAUGUCUGUAAACAUACAACAAAUGAAUGAAUGAAUGAAUGAAUGAAGCAACAACUCAGUAGAAAGAAGCAACAACUCAGUAGAAAGAGAAACAUCCAUCAUGGGGAGCGCAUGGACAGUGAAACAUUUUGGAUCGAAGUCUUCCUGUGUCACGUCUCGUAUCGUGAUGCUGUGCAGCUGUUGAAUGUAGGUGCUGCGGUGCGGUGACCGAUGGUACGAUUUCCCCGCCAAGAGCGGCGCUUCACCGACGUGUGUCUGACGGUUGACAUUAAAUUGAUAUGAAACAUA